AAUAACUUUGCAACUUUGCAUUCAUCAAAUGGCAAGUUGGAAAACCACCCUUCUACUUCUUACUCUUUUUCUCCUUUCUCUGUUUCUCGAGCUUCUCCUAGCUCAAGCUACUAUUAUCAAUUCCAUUGAUGGUGGUAUGAACAAGGGCUGCAUUGAGGUAGAGCGGAAAGCGCUUCUUGAAUUCAAAAAUGGACUGAAAGAUCCUUCAGGUUGGCUUUCUUCCUGGGUUGGUGCAGAUUGCUGCAAGUGGAAAGGUGUGGAUUGCAACAACCAAACAGGGCAUGUUGUCAAGGUUGACCUCAAAUCUGGUGGUGACUUCUCACGUUUGGGUGGUGAGAUAAGUGAUUCCUUACUUGACUUGAAACAUUUAAAUUACUUGGACCUAAGUUUUAAUGAUUUUCAAGGAAUUCCAAUUCCAAAUUUCUUGGGCUCAUUUGAAAGGUUGAGAUACCUUAAUCUCUCCUAUGCAGCAUUUGGUGGAAUGAUUCCUCCUCAUCUUGGAAAUUUAUCACAGUUACGUUAUCUUGACCUUCAUGGAGGAGAUUACUACAACUUUCCUGCUCCAUUAAUGAGGGUUCAUAAUUUGAAUUGGCUUUCUGGUCUUUCUUCUUUAAAAUACCUUGAUCUGGGGUUUGUGGACCUUAGUAAAGCAACCACAAAUUGGAUGCAAGCUGUAAACAUGCUUCCUUUUUUGUUAGAAUUACAUUUGUCCGUUUGUGAACUCAGUCACUUCCCUCAGUACUCCAAUCCGUUUGUUAAUUUGACUUCUGUUUCGGUCAUUGAUCUCUCCGGAAACAAUUUCAACACUACUUUGCCUGGCUGGUUGUUUAACAUCAGUACCCUUAUGGAUCUUUAUUUAAAGGAUGCUACAAUUAAAGGUCCGAUUCCCCAUGUUAACUUGCGAUGCCUUCGCAACUUGGUGACCUUAGAUCUCUCAUACAAUAUUAUUGGAGGUGAAGGAAUUGAAUUCCUGAAUCGAUUAUCAGCAUGCACUAAUAGUUCCUUGGAAGAGUUAAACUUGGGCGGUAAUCAAUUCGGUGGUCAGUUGCCAGAUUCAUUAGGGCUCUUUAAGAAUUUAAAAUCCUUGGACUUGAGCUAUAAUAGUUUUGUUGGUCCCUUCCCCAAUUCAAUUCAACGCCUUACCAACUUAGAGAGUCUUGAUCUGAGUAAAAACUCCAUCUCAGGUUCAAUUCCAACAUGGAUUGGAAACUUGCUGCGGAUGAAGAGACUUGACUUGUCAAACAAUCUAAUGAAUGGGACUAUUCCAAAAAGUAUUGGACAACUUAGAGAGCUGACUGAGUUGUAUCUUGAUCGGAAUUCUUGGGAAGGGGUAAUAUCUGAAAUUUAUUUUAGUAAUCUUACUAAACUGACAAAAUUCUCAUUACUCGUAUCACCCAAAAACCAGUCUCUCCGUUUUCAUUUGAGACCUGAAUGGAUUCCUCCCUUCAGUCUCGAAUUUAUCAAGGUUUCCAACUGCUAUGUAUCUCUCAAGUUCCCCAACUGGCUUAGAACUCAAAAGAGACUUGGCUAUAUGAUUCUAAAAAAUGUGGGGAUUUCAGAUGCAAUACCCGAAUGGCUUUGGAAACAAGAUUUUUUGUGGUUAGAACUUUCUAGAAACCAAUUGUAUGGAACGCUUCCCAACUCAUUAUCCUUUCGCUAAGACGCAUUGGUGGAUUUAAGUUUCAACCGCUUGGGGGGCCCACUCCCACUUCUACUUAAUGUGGAAUAUUUGUAUCUGGGAAACAAUUUAUUUUCAGGUCCAAUUCCCUUGAACAUCAGGGAAUCAUCGAGUUUGAGAAUCCUUGAUGUUUCUGGUAACUUGUUAAAUGGCAGCAUUCCUUCAUCAAUUAGUAAACUAAAGGAUUUGGAAAUAAUUGAUCUCUCAAAUAAUUGGAAUGAUUUGCCAUGGCUUGAAACCGUAGAUCUAUCCAAGAACAAACUGUCUGGUGGGAUUCCGAGUUGGGUGUGUUCAAAAUCUUCACUUGCGUUGUUGAUAUUGGGUGACAACAAUCUUACUGGGGAACUCACUCCAAGUUUACGAAACUGCACAGGGUUGUACGCCCUUGAUCUUGGAAAUAACAGGUUUUCGGGUGAGAUACCCAAAUGGAUUGGAGAAAGAAUGCCAUCACUGGAGCAUCUGCGUCUACGGGGCAACAUGUUGACAGGAGAUAUUCCUGAGCAAUUGUGUUGGCUUUCUCAUCUCCACAUUUUGGAUCUUGCAGUGAACAAUUUAUCAGGAUCCAUCCCACAAUGCUUAGGCAAUUUAACUGCUUUAAGUUUUGUGACCUUAUUAGACAGAUAUUUUGACGAGCCCAGAGGUCGUGACUUCUAUUCGGAGCGCAUGGAGCUAGUUGUAAAGGGACAAAAUAUGGAAUUUGAAAGCAUAUUGCCAAUUGUGAAUUUGAUAGAUCUUUCUAGCAAUAACAUUUGGGGAGAGAUCCCAAAAGAGAUCACAAAUCUCUCGACCCUGGGUACCUUGAAUUUGUCCCGAAACCAGUUGACUGGAAAGAUACCUGAGAAGAUUGGAGCCAUGCAAGGGCUAGAAACUCUUGACCUCUCAUGCAACUGCCUGUCAGGCCCAAUUCCUCCGAGCAUGUCUUCUAUAACCUCAUUGAACCAUUUGAACCUAUCGCAUAACCGCCUGUCAGGACCAAUUCCAACAACCAACCAGUUCUCGACAUUCAACGAUCCAUCCAUUUAUGAGGCGAACCUGGGACUCUAUGGGCCUCCAUUGUCAACCAACUGCUCCACUUUAAAUGAUCAAGAUCACAAAGAUGAGGAGGAAGAUGAAGAUGAAUGGGACAUGUCAUGGUUCUUCAUAAGCAUGGGAUUGGGCUUUCCGGUGGGAUUUGGGGCUGUAUGUGGCAGUUUGGUUCUAAAGAAGUCUUGGAGGCAGGCAUAUUUCCGGUUCAUUGAUGAAACCAGAGAUAGGCUAUAUGUCUUCACUGCAGUGAAUGUGGCUCGUCUGAAAAGGAAGAUGGAAGCAAAUGGAGUUCAUGGCUGAAAAGCUCUUUUGCAGAGGGUGAUGAGGUUUCAAAAUAACAAACAUCAUACAAAAAGAUGAUUGAAUACAAUGAUGAAUUCUUAGUGGUAAUGAAGAUUUCUUUGGUACGAGUGUUUGAGAACUUAUCUUUGAAAUGUUGGCAAGCAAUUAUUUUUCUUUAGGUAGGUUUGUUAUUUGUAAACUGUCAUUUAAGUAAGAAAAGUUGUAACAUUAAGUUGGAUACUCAGCCUACUUUUGAUAUUUUAGAGUCAUCUAUGCCUUAAAAUUAUCCUUUCAACUUCUAUGUUUAUGAUAAUUUGGUAGUUGAUUAUCACU